AAAGUUGGAAAUAAAUAAUACCUAAACCUUCUUGACAUGGUAUCAAAACGGAGCUAUUGUUGAGAGUUUGAUAUAUAGAGAAGUCAUGGUUCGACUGACCUUGGAUCUAAUUGCCAGAAACAGUAAUCUUAAACUCCGAAAAGAAGAAACCAUUUCACAGUGCCUGAAGAAGAUAACUCAUAUAAAUUUUUCAGACAAAAAUAUAGAUGCAAUUGAAGACCUCUCUCUUUGCAAAAAUCUUAGUGUUCUAUAUUUAUAUGAUAACCGUAUUAGUCAAAUCAUUAACCUGAAUUAUGCCACAAAUCUGACGCACCUAUACCUACAAAACAAUUGUAUUUCAUAUAUAGAGAACCUAAGGUCAUUAAAGAAACUGGAAAAACUGUAUCUGGGAGGCAAUUACAUUGCUGUCAUAGAAGGUUUAGAAGGGUUAAAAGAACUAAGAGAGCUUCAUGUUGAGAGUCAGAGGCUUCCCCUUGGAGAAAAGCUUCUGUUUGAUCCAAGAACUCUUCAUUCUCUGGCAAAGUCCCUGUCUAUAUUGAAUAUCAGCAAUAAUAAUAUUGAUGACAUUAGAGAUUUAGACGUACUGGAGAAUCUCAAUCAGCUCAUAGCAGUUGACAACCAGCUUCUGCAUGUGAAGGAUUUGGAGUAUUUAUUGAACAAGUUGAUGAAGUUGUGGAAAAUGGAUCUAAAUGGAAAUCCUGUUUGUCUCAAACCAAAAUACAGGGACAGACUGAUAUUGGUGUCCAAAUCACUAGAAUUUCUUGAUGGAAAAGAAAUUAAAAAUGUGGAAAGACAAUUCCUAAUGAAUUGGAAAGCAUCCAAAGAUGCCAAAAAAAUCUGCAAGAAAAAAAGCAGUAAAAAUGAGGAUGCAAGCAACUCAUAUAUAAGUAACUUUGAAACAAUGCAUCACAUAGUUCCUGUUUAUUACCCACAGAUGGGUAAGCCAAAAUUAGUCUUUUUCUCUGAAAUACAGAGAUACCCUGUAAAUGGAAAUGCAUCUCCAGAAAGCUCCCACGAAGAUAAUACUAAAAUUAUUGAAGAGAUGGGGAACCUCUCUUUGAAAAAAUCUGAAAGCUUGCUGACAAAAAAUGAUUUGCAUGAACCUCACCUUCUCGAUAACACGGAAGUAUAAGAAAAUUUGUAGAAAACAAGUAAAUUCAGCCUCAAGUGAUCUGAAACGUUCGAUUUUUUUUUAACUUUAUAGGACUAGGCAACAUCUUUUGUAGGUUUGUAGUUUUACGGCAUCUCAUUACAUUAAAAAAACCUUUAA